UGAUCCUACCUGUAUAUCUAUCUUAUGUGAACGAUGUACAAUCCAAUGCACACUUUAGCCAUCGAACAAGACAAAACGAAUCACGAACGAAAAAUGGGUCGUAGUCGAAGUCGUUCUCCUCGUAGAGUUGGUGAAUACCGUAAAAGAUCUCGAUCGAGGGAAAGAUAUCCUCCUAGUGGUGGUCAAAGAGGGGAUCGAUACGGAGGCGGUCCAAGUAGUUCAGGUGGUGGUAGAGAUCGAGGAGGCUAUGGCAGACGUUCACGGUCACGAUCACCUCCAGCAAAACGAGAUGGGGGCAGCGACCAGUUUCAAAGUAAAGGAAAGGACUGGGAAAAUUCUGGUUAUGGUGGUGGACGGGUGCCUCCUUCUGAGAGACCGGAGCCAGAAGAGGAUAGUUUAGAAGGAAAGUCCGAGGAAGAAAUUGCCAUGAUGAAAGUAAUGGGCUUUGGAGACUUCUCCACCACGAAGGGGAAAAUGGUAUCGGGAAAUGAUGUAUAUGUGGCAAAUAUCACACGCAAAAGAAGAUAUAGUGGCAUUGGUGGUGAAGUUGAUGACGACGAACCAGGAGAGCUCUUCUUGAUGGGCGAAGCUGGCAUGCGAAACUGCCAAAAUGUACAGACAGCUCUAUCCACACGAGAAGUGGAUAACUGGCUUGGCAAAGAUGGCCGGAAAUAUAUUGAGCGCCAGAUAAAAGAUGAUGAUGAUCCACGUGGAGGUUUCCGCGGUGGACGUGGCAGUGGAAGAGGGCGUGGAGGUGAUCGGGGCGGAGGCCGUGGACGAGGGGGUGAUCGGGGAGGAAGAGGUGGCGGUCGGGGCAGUUACGAUCGAGGUGGUAGCUCAAGGGGUGAUUACAAGAGCCGCGAUUCAAGCAGUUAUGGGAACCGAGAUUCAAGCAGUUAUGGGAACCGAGAUUCAAGUAGUUAUGGGAACCAAGAUUCUGGAAGUUAUAGGAACAAAGAUUCCACCAGUCAUGCAAGCCAUGAUUCCAAUAGCUAUGGUUCAAGUUCCAGUGGUUAUGGCAGCUCCAACAAAAGCUCGUACGGAUCUGGGGGCUCAUAUGGCUCUGGAGGAGGUUCAGACUCUUAUGGAUCAAGCAGUGCCAGCUCGUUUGGAUCGAGUGGUGCUGGCUCGUUUGGAUCUACAGGCACUGGCUCUUAUGGUUCCAGCUCCUAUGGAUCUGGUGACACCAGCACUUAUGGAACUGGAAGUUCAGGAUAUGGAACUGGAGGUUCAGGCUCCUAUGGGAAUGUGGCUGCCCCAGGUUAUGGUACCCCGUCCCCGGCAGCAUAUGGCACUGGCCAGACUGCUGCAUAUGGCACUGGCCAGACUGCUGCAUAUGGCACUGGCCAGACUGCUUCAUAUGGCACUGCUCAGACUCCGGCAUAUGGCACUGGCCAUAAUGCGGCAUAUGGCACUGGCCAGACCUCAGCAUAUGGCACUGGGGCGACACCCACGUAUGGCACUGGCACAUCAAGAUAUGGCACUGGCAGUAUCGGUGGCUAUGGGGGCACACAUUGAGGACUUAGGGCAUCAAGUCCGACAGGAGGGGAAUGGAAGACCUUAUUCUUGCUCUCCUCCUACUCUGCAUUUACCCGGUAUGUGCUGAGCUGUUUGGCAACAGUAUGUCUCUGCAUUUGGAUAUUCAAGUAAGUAAAUAGAUUCGCUUGGACCUAAGUAAGUAAGUGAGUAAGUUCAGGGUUUAAGUGAGUGAGAGAAAAGAGUAGUAAGUUACAUACAGACUGGUGUACUACCGAGGAGACAAGUCGGACAUGGUGCAGUUAAAAGGAUACGAGCAUUGACUGCUGAAUUUUUGGCCAGGAAAGUAGUGCUCGUGUACGAAUGUCAAAUAUACAGCCAUGAGUCGUGAAAUGUUUCAGGGUUGGCCUCGCAUUCAAUUUCUCACACUGAGAAAACCGCUCAGUACUUAACGGGAAUAAUUUCUGAAAGUCGGUGCACGAGCUCAUCUUCGUCAGCGUGGAAUUCCUUAAUUCUGGUCACUUCUGGUGAGCUUUAUACUGGAGCACAGCUUCCAUCAUCAUUGUCUGUCCAACCCCUCAUUCAUUGCUAUGCACAGAUAUUGUACUUGGCAGCCAAGAGAGAAAUAUUGUCUUUACAUGUGUAAAACACCAAAUGUAUUCUGUUUUACAGGGCUUCAACAAUCAACGCUGAAAUCAAUACUAAAAUUGGUUACUGUCUUUGGCAAGUACAUAACUAUUUAGUAAAAACAGGGUUCAAGGUUUGUUGCCAGUCAUGUUGGCUGUUAAACAAACUGUUCGUCCAUAUUCUUAUCCUUGUCUCUUUGUCAUUUCAGGCAAUAUAUGAACAGACGAGGUGGCUUCAAUAGGCCAUUAGAUUUCAUUGCCUAAUAUUUCAACAGCUGAAGACUGCUUCUCAGUUCUUUAGAUUGUGAAGGACAAUGUGUUCUAGUUUGUACAUUUGUAAGUUAGAGCGAACCUGCAAAUCACGUGGACUUGAUAAUUCAAUGGAUUUUGACUGAGGACUAUCUUAUUGGACUACGUAUUGUGUGAUCAGAUAUUUUGUAGUCGGGUUUAUGUGUAAACCCGUACUGGUGUGUGAGAGAUGGAAUCGAGCUUAGUUUGGCUGGAGUCUUCUUAGUACAUUUACUUUGAGGAUGAAAAAGAUAUUUUAAGCUGGUCAUGUUUUACAUGUAUGAAAUGAGGAUAGUAAAGUAUUCCAUUGCAUUGUUUUCCUUCAAGAAAAGUGUAACAUUGGUUGAAUAGAUUGGUUCAGUAUCACCACAGUGCAUUCCAUGUUGAUGAAUUGAAUAACUACCAACUAGAUGUAUAAGUUUGGUUAUUUUGCACUGUUGUGUUCGUCAUGUUAUUUUAGGUGAACAUUAUUUUAGUUGUGAGUACAGCUUACUCGGUUUACUAGCAAAGUUACACUCUGUAAUGGUACUCAUCAGUGUUGUUUUUAGAUCUGUCGGAAAUCUCGAGAAGUAAAGUUAUGCUCUCCAUUUUGCAAUCUAAGUCCACUGAAUAUGCAGUAUAUGAAAUUCACUUGCUGUUAUUGGGUGAUAUGAAUAAAGACAAGAAAAUGCUUUUAUCUAAAUCUCCAUGUACAUUUACACUAGGCCUUCCUGUACAAAACCAGAGUAAAAGCAUUUGCUACAAUGUAGUCUUUAUUCAUAUCGCCCAUUAUUUACAUGUAGGUUUGAUAUACUUCAAUCAAAAUUCAGAUGUUAAAGUAAUCAUCCAUAGUCUGCUUGGAGGCAAAAUGGAUCAGUUGAUUAAUUUGGUACCGAGUCAUUCAUUGUCAUUAUUAAUUAUUGUGUAAACUUGUCAAAGCAUUUUUGUAUGACCUCAUUCAUUGAAAUCACAAAUAAAAAUUAUGUCCCAAAA